ACAAAAGCAACCGUUUUCUUCAAGUGACCGAGUAGGAAAUGGAUCACCGUGCCAGAUGGGCAUACACACAAUCUCAUGUGACAGAAAAAGUUACGCGCACACGCAACAAUAAUACAAAAAAUCUUUUUGAAUAUUUAUCAAUUCUGGUUGCGGGCAGCCUGCCCAAGCAGAUUGAUGGACAUAUUCAAAUUUUAUUGGAUCUUUUAACUUUUUUUGGUGUUGUUUCCAUCGGGAAAAAGAAUGCAAUACUGUAUUCUCCAUAUAUGAAUGUAGGGUCAUAAAAUGUCCAUGUAAUGUACAGGCAUUUUAAAUUUUGUGUAUUCUCUGCUAAUUGCUAGCCAAAAAGGCAAAAGUUCCUUCUCCUUUUGUUCUGCUCAUUCCCUAAUUGCGAACCAAAAAGGCAAAGGUUCAUUUUCUCUUUGUUCUGCCCAUUCCCUGCAAGAACAUUCGAAGGCAUAGUAUUUCUAUUUCUCUGGAGCGGACAUAUUUUUCUUCAUUUUUUUGCCUCCUUUCUGUAUUUUGAAAAUGCUGAGGCGUCUGAGGUCGGAGGUUCGAUCCUUGGUGAGGCAAAGUAGCCAACGUUUGUCUCACACAGGAGAAGCACCGGUGAAAGAUGUUCAGCCACCGCAUCUGCCCGAGUUUCAAUACAAGCCUCGGCCAUACGCAGGCCCAUCCGCCGAAGAAGUAUUGCGCAAGAGAAAGCAGUUCCUCGGCCCGUCGAUAUUUCAUUAUUAUCAGAAGCCUUUGAACAUUGUUGAGGGUAAAAUGCAAUACUUAUAUGAUGAGGAUGGGCGUCGAUAUCUUGACGCUUUUGGAGGCAUUGUUACAGUUUCCUGUGGACACUGUCAUCCAGAUGUUGUGGACGCUAUUAUGAAUCAAACUAAACUACUGCAGCAUGCUACAACAAUAUACUUGCAUCAUGCUAUAGCAGAUUAUGCAGAGGCACUAGCCUCAAAAAUGCCUGGAAAUCUCAAGGUUGUUUAUUUUGUCAACUCAGGCACAGAAGCAAAUGAAUUAGCUAUGUUGAUGGCUCGAUUAUACAGUGGUAACCAUGAGAUGAUUUCUCUAAGAAAUGCAUAUCAUGGUGGUAGUGCUGGCACAUUGGGAUUGACAGCUCUGAGCACUUGGAAAUACAGCAUAGUUCAGGGUGGAGUCCAUCAUGUUGUGAAUCCAAAUCCAUAUCGAGGGGUGUUUGGCUCUGAUGGAGAGAAAUAUGCAAAGGAUGUUAAAGAGCAUAUUGAUUAUGGAACUUCUGGAUGCGUUGCUGGCUUUAUUGCUGAAACUAUACAGGGCGUGGGGGGAGCUGUGGAAUUGGCUCCUGGAUACUUGCCAGCUGUAUACAAAUAUGUCCGAGAUGCUGGAGGUGUUUGUAUAGCCGAUGAAGUACAAACAGGAUUUGGUCGCACAGGAAGUCAUUACUGGGGCUUUCAAACACAAGGAGUUCUGCCUGAUAUAGUGACCAUGGCCAAGGGCAUUGGAAAUGGGCUUCCAUUAGGAGCAGUAGUAACAACACCAGAAAUUGCAAAUGUUAUGACCCAGCGGAUUCAGUUCAACACGUUUGGUGGAAAUCCUGUUUGCUCUGCAGGUGGUCUUGCUGUUCUCAAUGUACUGGACAAAGAAAAGCGACAAGAACAUUGUGCUUCUGUAGGUUCUUAUUUACUUGAGCGCUUAAGAGCUCUUCAAGAGAAGCAUGAAAUUAUAGGAGACGUAAGGGGAAGGGGUUUAAUGAUAGGGGUUGAGCUGGUGACUGACAGGAAGCUAAAGACUCCAGCAAAGUCAGAGACAUCAAUCUUAUUUGAGAAAUUAAAAGAUUUGGGAGUAUUGGUUGGGAAGGGGGGAUAUGAUGCAAAUGUGUUCAGAAUAAAGCCUCCGAUGUGCUUCACCAAGGAAGAUGCUGACUUCCUUUUGGAUGCCAUGGACUAUGCAAUGUCAGGACUCUGAGUUAUCAUACAUACUUUUGUGGGACAUCUGAAAAUGAUGUGCCAUCAAUUCGUACCUUUGUGCUUUCUUCUUUACUUCAAUGCCUUGGUCACAAGAACUGAUUUUAGAUUUUCUUCUAUUUUCCACUGUUCUUUGACAGCAUAAACACUUUCUGUUUAAAAGGCACUCUGCUGUUGUAUACUUCUCAAAUAAUUAACUGUUAGUACAAUGGUGGGGAGGUUGCCUGCUGAUUCGCUACUCAAGCUUUUGCAUUUUACUGUGUGUUGCUUGAUCAUUUAUAUAGAACAAGGGCAGUUUAUAAAUAUUAUAUUUGUCAUUGACCAAAGUGUCAAUCAA